AUGGCCACAGCCACUGCGCACGAAUCCUCUCCUUCACCCAACUCACCAGAGGAAGAGGAGGAGCUUAAGUUUGGCGAGGUGUGGAAAGGCGCGGCCAAAGCUCCUCAGCGACCAAAACUUGUUGACCAACUCAACGGUGGGCGACGCAAGUCGUCAGUUCAGUUCCAUACAGCCGACGCCGAAGACACCAUAAGAAGAGAAAGUGUCGUUCAAGGCUCAAAAGUCUCCCUGCCUUCACGGAAAAUGUCAUCGCCCCCUCCUCCCACACAUUACCAACGCGGCGUCUCCUUUGACACCAUCGACAAUCGAGAUGCCUCCACUGAAGCCUUCACCUUACAAUACAAGCACUGCGACUUCGCCGCCACUUCACGAAGCCGGACUUUCCUGUGCGGUACCGAUGCAAAGGACUACUCGGAAUAUGCGUUGGAGUGGAUGAUGGACGAGUUGGUCGAUGACGGCGAUGAGAUUGUCUGUCUUCGAGUUAUCGAGAAAGAUUCCAAGACCGCACAUGACACACCGUACGACCGGGACAAGUAUCGCACCGAGGCUAAACAACUGUUAGACAGUGUUAUGCUGAAAAACAGCUCGGAGGAGAAAGCAAUCAGCAUCAUCAUGGAGUUGGCUGUGGGCAAAGUGCAAGAAAUCUUCCAGCGCAUGAUCCAUCUGUACGAACCUGCUGCGCUCGUUGUUGGAACAAGAGGACGAAACCUGGGCGGCAUGCAAGGCUUACUCCCAGGGUCGGUCUCGAAGUACUGCUUGCAACAAUCACCUGUUCCGGUAAUCGUCGUUCGGCCAAGCUCCAAGCGACUGAAAAAGAAGAAGAAACGGCAACUGGAAAGUGGCCGUAGUCUCUACAGCAGCAUGCUCGAGCAAGCGCAACACGCUGGAGGGAGCCAUGUGUUUGAAAGUGCCAGCCACAGUUCAAUCUCUAUGGAAGCUACCGCGAAAGAGGCCGAUGCUGUUGCAAAGGCAAUCGGGCCGCCCAGGCGUGGUAUAUUGAAGGGUACAUACGGUGGCCCGCUUGCUCGAGUAACAUCAGCCAAAAGUGACGUGACAUCUGAUGAUGAUUCGCCUGAACGGAGCUUCGCCUUACCCAUAGGGUUUUUGAACACCGCGAGUGCUCCGAGGGCCGACAUUGCCAUGAACAGUCCCAGCAUCGCUGCUUUGGUGGAAGACUGGGAUGACAACGAGACAACGCCCACCGAGCGAGCAAGAUCACCCAAUCCGCCCUCAAAACGGUCUGAACACCGCGACAGCGACGCCGCAAUCUCGGACGAAGAGGACAUUCGUUUGCUAGUGCCCAACAUAGUCGAAGAGCGGCGGCCGUCAGUCAGAGAGACGACACCUUGGCUAGCAGACAUACUGCGCGAAAAGCCACAACGGCGGUCGUAUAGCCACGGUCGAUCCCCCUCCAGAUAA